AUGGUCAUGCCCCCUUCAAAUCCAAAUUUCCCCAAAAACUUGCAAAUUCAUCCAUCUAACCCCCGUUCGUCCCGAUAUACCAAUGCAAACCAAGACUUGGACGAGGAAAAGUUUGGACCCGAGGCACAGGAGCUUGCCAUUCGCAAAUACGGAAUAGCGGGCAGAGUCUGGGAGGCAGCAUAUGCAAUGACUUUGUACAUACAACCUCCUGGAAACCUCGCGUUCGAUCCACCUAUGAUUGACGCGUCCAGGCAUGCGGACAGAGUUGUGAUAAUUGAACUUGGCUCUGGAGCCGGCUUGGUUGCGUUCUCUAUUGCAAAGAUACUGAAACCAGGACGUGAUCAUCUCAUCGUCACUGAUCUUCCCGAGGUUUGUCCAUUGCUUGAAGAUAAUUUGCGAUCUAUCAAAGAAGAGGUCGAGGCAACCAUCCCCGAAAAAGACGCAGUUAUUAUCAGACCUUUAUCAUGGGGAAACCAGGAUGAUGCUGCAUUCAUUGCAUCUCAGUUCUUUGGGCAGCCAAACAAUGAUGGCCGUUUUGGCGCGUUGACCCAUAUCAUUUGCAGCGACCUCACUGGAUCUGGCUACUGCGGGCCAUCGAUAUUGAUAUCUUACAAAAUUCGAAGUCUGUCCAAGGAGACAGCAUUUUGGUCUGCGUUUGGACUUUGGUUCGAAUUUUAUCCCGUGCUGGUGAAAGACAACGACGAGGGCGAUUGGCAGCGAUUCGGUGCCAAUUUCGAUGAUACGACGUUUUUAUUUACCGCCCAUCGCCGGCCAGAAUCUUGGAGUUGGGUCGUUCCUACCACAGACUCCGAUCUACUCGCGGGUGUUGGAUCGAAGGGCACUGAUACCAAAAAGUAUGACGACACCUUCGAGAACCUACUAUUGAUGGGCGUUGAAUAG